AUGUCAAUCAAACCAGACUCCGUGCCCGCUUCCAUUAAAAAAGAUAUCAAUGUCACGCCCUUCAUUGCAAGGGCUACAGAGCUUCAGUCAGUCAAUCCUGUCGUGAGUUAUUACUGCAAGAUCUACGUUCUUGAGCAUAUCCUCUCGAACAAGCUCCACACUACUGAUAAGGAAGUGGAGGCUUUCACCAUAGCCUUGCUAGAAGAUACAGAGCUGAUUAAGAAUUCGACAGAGGACGAGGACCUUCACAAGAUCCUCACAAAUCGACAAUUGUCAUUGAAUGUGCUGUUUGCCUUCGUAUUCAAAUUGUUUCUUAGCACCCUCGAGGGCGUGUCCAAUUAUGACGGCAUUAACAAGAUUCCACUUGCUAGCAAGUUGAGAGCGUCCAUCAAUUUUAUGACCUCCCUAAAGGUCUUCACAGGAGAAAGUGACGAUUCACUUGACUUCGCUGAGACUACUGGUAGCAAGUGUAAAGACAGAGAAGAAUUCAUAACCUUCAUUAAAGAAAAAACCAAGGUGUUGAAAUAUCAAUUGAGUAAAUUGAUAAAAGAUGAGCUCCCAGUAAAGGGUGAAGAUGAGGAUCUUGCUAAGUUGGAGGAAGAGGAGGAUGAAGCAGCAAAGGUUGCUGACGAGGAUGACCAGACUCCUACUUUUCCAUCAAUUGUCGGUAAAGAGCCAUCAUCAGAGCCACAAGAAGUGGAUUCAAAGCUGCUUGAGUCAUCAUCGAAGUCGCCUGCUCCACAAAACUCUUCGGCUCAGGACGAGCCUGAUCUUCCUUUCAACCUUCCUGGCGCCCCAAAAUACGACCCAGAGAGUGAGACAAAUGCUGAUGAAGAAGAGGUCAAGUUGCCAGGUGCUCCAAAAUUCUUGCCUGAUGAUGACCUAUCUCAUAUCAACAAGGACUCGUCAAUAAAGGUAUUCCCUCCGGAGCCUACUGAGGAGCGCGAGGAAGAGAAAGUCACACCAAAACCAGCGAGCCGGUCAGGCUCAACGAAUAGUGUCAAGCACCACAAGCCCAUUACGAAGGAGAAUCUCAAAACCAUCUUGGAUACUGGAGAGCAAAUAACGCAAGCUCAGAAGCAUGCCAAGUUUGCAAUUUCAGCUCUCAAUUACGAGGACAUCGAGACUGCUGAGAAGGAGCUUCUUCAAGGGCUCGAAGGGAAAGAGAUCAAGGAUCUUGUUGAGAUAGAUCUCGAGGAGAACGCACCAAAGUCUUCCCAAAAUGAAUCCUCUGACAGUCUCUGGUUUACUUUCUCGAGUCUAUUCGGUAACUCGCGGGCGAAAGGCGGAGACGUUUCGAAGAAAGCGGAUUCUAGUCCCGAUAGUGUCACAGAUUACGGUGCCAGCCCGUACUUGGUUCCUUACCCAAAACACGAUCUCUCCUCAAUCGAAGAAAGCAAUGCCACUGGUAACUGCAAUGAGCAAGAUCCAUUAGACAACAGCAGUUUGCAGUUCUACCCUAACCUAACUCCGCCGAUUGCAGCACAUAUGAAGAAUGAGCACCUAAGUGUCACAUUACCAGCCCCCACAUUAUUUGAGCCAGUGAAUGAGAAAUUCCUCUUAGAAGGAAGCUCCGAUGGGCCUUGUGAGGGAAGCUUGUUGUCACAUUCCGUCACUCCUCACCGGGCUCCAAAAUCGUUGAGAACCGAUGCGAUCAAGGCUCCGCAAAAAGCCCUCCUCAAGUUCAGUUCGGAUACAUCAAAAGAGAUCGAAUUAUCCCAGGAUCGAAUGAUUCGCCAGACUCAUAUCAAACAUCGUCUUGAAUACUUGUUUGAGGAUGACUUUAUACUAAAGGACAAGGGGCUCCGAUUGAGCAUAAACAAGAACAACGGGGGCAUAACCCUUGCCGCUUUGUUGAAAGACUCGAGGCUCGGGCAACUUUGCCAGAGUGAUGCCAAUAACUUUUGA